AGAGCUCCACUAGGUUUUAGGGCAUUCAUAACAGCUGGCUUUGUCAUUGGCUGCACACAGGAAACUUUUGUAGGGGUGAUUAAGAGGAGGACACUAAACAAACUGAUAUCAGUCAUGGAUAACCCUGACCACCCUCUUUAUUUCUGAAUCUGUCAAUGCCUCUCCUUUUCAAGGGGCAGCGAUGUGUCUCUUGCUCAUGGUUGAAUCAACAUCUCCUCUGCUUCUUGAUUGGCUGCUCCUUGGUGGUUGACUUCUCUUCUGCGUUGACCAACGCCUUAAAAGUUUCAGCUGAUGUUGCCAAAUUUUCAGAGACUGUUCCUAAGUGGAGUAAAUGUGUCCUUUUCCUGAGUCCAGGUAAGCUGCCAAAAUGUUUGUUUAUGACUCAGCCAAUGUCUUCCCUGAUCUUCACUUGGUUGACGCCUUCCCUCUCCUCCAUUCAGGUGUUGCAAUAUUGCCUGACACCUUGCCUGCUCUAGAGUCACUCAAAACUAGCCUGUUCCCUCAUGGUUGAUGACCUGCUGGUUCCAAAGUAAAGUGAUACUGUUGAAUUCUGAGCCUGAGAAUCUUCUUUGUCCCUCAUCUACCUUUUUCCAGCUUUCUACCUGUCUCGUAUCCUGAAAUUAUCUCCAGUAUAACUAAUUCUGAGGAUCCCGUCUCUGUGACCAACCUCCUCUCAAGCAAACAGAGAGCUCUGCUCUUGCCGCCAACCUCCUGUCAGGCCCCUGGAGGGGUAUUACCCGUGAACAGUUUCUGUGCCUGCUCUGCCUGUCUUCCUUGUUUUCAAGCCAACUCCUGAACAGCCCGCUUGUCUGCCUUUCCACCAUGGCUUCUCCUGAGGUCUUCAGCUCCUCUGUUCCUCAACCACAGGGCCACCACCGAGGAUAUUCUCCUCUCCUGUUGUCCUGUCACAGGUAUUACAACAUUCUGUAGCAGACUGUGUUGGCGCCUCCCCACCCACUUAUAAUGACUAAGCAGUUGCUGUUGUGCAACACUUUGUUCCUGGAUGGAGAAACAACACAGCUCACCAUGAGACUCAUUGAUUGCUGCAGUACUUUGCUUCUGCUCCUCAUUAUCCCCUGUGGCUGUCAAUGUGGAAACAUCUUGGUCUGUCCUACUGAAGGCAGCCACUGGAUAAACAUGGAUAUUCUAGUUCAAGCUUUGCACUCCAGAGGACACAAUAUAACUAUUUUGCGCUCAAGCAAAAGCUGGUACAUCAAGGAAAACUCCUCUUAUUACAACGCCAUUACAGUUCCAGUGGAAAGAGCGAUAGAUGAAAAGCUCAUCGCACAAUUGAUAUCUGAGGCGAUACAAUUGGAACGAGGCAGUUUACCCUUGACUAAAAUUAUCCACAUUUUUGUAGGGAUGACUGGUAAAGCUAUUGACGCACACAAAGCUGUGGCCGAAUUUGCAACAGCGACGCUAGAUGAUAAGGAAUUGAUCAGAAACUUGAUGGACAGCAAGUUUGAUCUGCUACUCACUGACCCCUGCUGGGGUGGUGGAGUCGUCUUGGCCAAAUAUUUGAAGCUUCCUCUGGUUUAUAAUGUUCGCUGGCUAAUAGCUGGAGAGGCUCAUCUUGCCAUUGCUCCUUCACCCAUAUCCUAUAUUCCUAUUACAGGAUCUGGAAACACUGACAAGAUGAGCUUCUUUCAGAGAGUUAAAAACGUGUUUUUUCAUCUACUGUCUCAAACACAAAAUCACAUGAUUAUCAGAGAAGUGUAUCAGAAAUUAUGUGAUAAAUACCUUGGACCUGAUGUUGACUAUAAACAGGUAAUGACUGACGCUGACAUUUGGCUGAUGAGAAUGGACUUUGUGUUUGAUUAUCCUCGGCCCACCAUGCCUAACAUUGUGUACAUGGGAGGGUUCCAGUGUAAACCUGCUAAACCUCUACCUCAACACUUGGAGGACUUUGUUCAGAGUUCUGGAGAGCAUGGAGUCAUCAUCAUGUCUCUGGGGACUUUUGUGAAUGAACUUCCUGCUGAUUUGGCAAAUGAGAUCGCUGCUGUUUUUGCUAAAUUACCUCAGAAAGUCAUCUGGAAGUAUACUGGUGACAGACCAGCCACUCUGGGUAACAACACCUUAGUGGUUGACUGGAUGCCACAGAAUGACCUUUUAGGACACCCUAAGAUCAAACUGUUUGUUGCUCAUGGAGGAACAAAUGGAGUCCAAGAAGCUAUUUAUCAUGGAGUCCCAGUUGUUGGCAUCCCUGUGUUUUUUGACCAAUACGACAACCUGCUCCGUCUGAAAGACAGAGGAGGAGCGGAGAUUCUUACAUUAGCUACAAUGGACAAAGACGACAACUUCCUGAAGGCCAUCCAGGAAGUCCUGAACGAGCCCUCCUACAGGAUGAACAUGCAGAGACUGUCCAGGUUGCACAGAGAUCAGCCAAUAACACCAAUGGAGCGCGCCCUCUUCUGGAUAGAGUUUGUCAUGAGGCACAAAGGUGCAGCUCACCUGAAAGCAGUGUCAUACAGGAUGCCCUGGUAUUCCUACUACUCUGUAGACGUAGCUCUCUUCUUGGGUGGAGCUAUGUUGCUCAUACUUUUAACCGUUUUCAUCUUCAUUAGGUGUUUAUUCACUGCAAUGUGUAAACGUAAAGUGAAACAUGACUGAAUCAAGUCAAAUAAUCAUGAUCAAAAUAUAAUUUAAAUCAAAUAUCUAAAUCAAAUUAAGUCAAACACACAGUGGUUCAAUAGGCAUAGUCACAGCAAAGAAUGUGUGCGUGUGUGUGUGUGUCAUUUUGUUCAUCAGUCCUGAUUUUCAAGCAAUAACUUUUUUUUUAAUGACUGUAAGGGUGAAAAAAAAUAAAAAUUACCAGCAAAAAGCA